AUGAAUGAUCUAAUGACUAAGUCAUUCCUCAGUUACGUGGACCUCAAGAAACAGGCCAUGAAAGACCUUGAAUCGGAACCCGACCUCGAAAUGGGCAAACUUGGCCCUGCUGAUGAACAGAACCUCACCCAAUUUUUCAAACAAAUGACCGCAAUCAAGGCCGAUAUGGAACAGAACCUCACAAACCUUCUUCUUGAUCUUCAGGACCCGAAUGAAGAAACCAAGUUUACUCACACUGCUAAAGUUCUUGAGGGCUGA